GGGAUGUGAGACUGCUUCACCACUCCAAACCCACCAUUUCUCAUUCUCAAACCUUUCAAGUGUUGGUAGAUAAACACUCCUAAACUAUGUUACUUUUUGUACCAUAGUUUAACCGUGUAAAAUGAUGUUGUCUUGGAUAAAUUAGAAUAAGUGUGAGGAGAGAAGAAGCUUGAAGCUUAGUAGCUUCAUUGUGUUGCGUGUUAAAGUUUUUAUUUUAUUUAUUUGUGUUUGGAUAAAUUAGUUUGUUUGUGUGGAUUUGUUCUGCGUUUAUGAAUUGUUUGAUGGGUAAAGAGGGAGAAGAAGUGGUGAGAAAGCAGGAACAAAGGGGUGUUAAUGGGGAUAAGUGGUACUUGUAUAGCUGCUUACAAGACUCUAAAUAUUGGUGCUGUUUAAUAAUACAUCAUAAUUCCUUUUCCAUGGCUCCUUUUGAGUGAAAAAACCUUCUCCUCUUAGCUUUUUCUUGAGAUCUUAAGACAUUGACUAACAAUAAAAGGGGAUCAAAACACUUACUUCAUCUAAUAAGAUCCCAUCUUUUCUACUCAUGAAGAGACUUGGCAGCUCAGAUUCUUCGGGUCCUCUCAUCACAAUUUGUCCAUCAACAGAUGAACACAGUCCGAGGAAUAACCAUAUGUAUGGUGGGGAGUUCCAAUCGAUGAUAGAUGGACUCGACGAAGAAGGGUGUGUUGAAGAAGUGGGGCAUCACUCCGAGAAGAAGCGUAGACUUAGUGUGGAUCAAGUGAAGGCUCUAGAGAAAAACUUCGAGGUAGAAAACAAGCUUGAACCUGAGAGAAAGGUGAAGCUUGCCCAAGAACUCGGGUUGCAACCUAGACAAGUAGCUGUUUGGUUCCAAAACCGUCGAGCUAGGUGGAAAACCAAGCAAUUGGAGAGGGAUUACGGCGUUCUCAAAGCCAAUUAUGAAGCUCUUAAGCUCAACUUUGACACCCUCAAUCAUGACAACGAAGCCUUACAACAAGAGAUUAAGGAAUUGAAAUCAAGGCUGCAAGAGGAAAACAUAGAAAGCGGUGUUUCGGUGAAGGAAGAGAUAACGGUUCGUGACAUAGAAGACAAAAAGAUGGAAGGGAUAAGUAAGAGUGACCCAUCUUCUGAAACCUCCAUUCCUUGUUGUGACUUGAAGGACCACUCCAAUUAUACCACUGAUUGUGUUGGAGUGUCAAAUUCACUCUUACGAGUAGACUUCAAAGAUGGUUCUUCUGAUAGCGACUCAAGCGCAAUCUUAAACGAAGACAACAGUCCCAAAGCUGCACUUUCUUCAUUUCAAAGCCACCACCUUUUGGUUUCUCCUGAGUCUUCUCCAAUGAAUUGUUUCCAGUUCCAGAAACCGUACCAUGUGAAGAUGGAGGAGCACAAUUUCUUAAGCGCGGAUGAAGCUUGCAAUUUCUUCUCUGAUGAUCAAGCACCCACCCUUCACUGGUACUGUUCAGACCAAUGGAACUGAAUUGCGAAAACAAAAGCACCAAAUGAAACCCCUUUUACAAAGCUCUAGUGUUACUCUGCAAGAUUCAAGACGAAGUUGUAAAAAUGGUUGCGUGGUUAAUUAUGUAGCACAAGGAGAAGACUCUGCAAUACCUUAAUCAUCAUGAUUAAGGUUAAUUAUGGGGCAACGGGUAAUAAUUAAUAUGAAUAAUUAUUCAGUCGAAAUCGAACCAUGCUGUAAGAAAAAUUAAAUUCAAGCAUACAAAAUCGGUGUUUGAAUC